CGGAAGUACCGCGUGCGAACUGGCUGUGCUUGGUCGCGGUGUGCGCUCCGCGUGUGCAGCCGCGUGGGCCAUGGGGCGGCGGGCUAGGGGCCGGCGGCUGCAGCCGCAGACUGAAGGCGCGGAGGAUGACACCGAGGGAGGGAGGAAGCGCGACCAGGCGGGCUGGGAAGGUGGCUAUCCCGAGAUCAUCAAGGAGAACAAGCUCUUCGAGCACUACUAUCAGGAACUCAAGAUCGUGCCUGAGGGAGAGUGGGACCAAUUCAUGGACGCACUCCGCGAGCCCCUCCCGGCCACGCUGAGAAUCACUGGUUACAAAAGCCAUGCAAAAGAAAUUCUCCAUUGCUUGAAGAACAGGUAUUUUAAGGAGUUGGAGGACCUGGAGGUAGAUGGGCAGAAAGUUGAAGUUCCACAGCCACUUAGCUGGUACCCUGAGGAACUUGCCUGGCACACAAAUUUAAGUCGGAAAAUAUUGAGAAAGUCCCCACUGUUGGCAAAGUUCCAUCAGUUCCUGGUUAGCGAGACCGAGUGUGGAAACAUCAGCCGGCAGGAGGCUGUCAGCAUGAUCCCGCCACUGCUGCUCAGUGUUGAGCCCCAUCAUAAGAUCUUAGACAUGUGUGCGGCCCCUGGAUCGAAGACCACACAGUUAAUUGAAAUGUUGCAUGCAGACAUGAGUGUCCCCUUUCCAGAGGGAUUUGUUAUCGCAAAUGACGUGGACAACAAGCGCUGCUAUCUGCUUGUUCAUCAGGCCAAAAGGCUGAGCAGUCCCUGCAUCAUGGUAGUAAACCAUGAUGCGUCCAGCAUUCCUAGACUCACGGUAGAUGUGGACGGAAGGAAAGAGAUUCUCUUCUAUGAUCGAAUUUUAUGUGAUGUUCCUUGCAGGUAUUUAUAUUAUUAUGAGGCCAGAAAGCCCACAAUCUAUCAGGAAAUCCAAUCACAUGUGGAUAUGGGCACAAUGUGGCAGCCUUUGGGACUUUCCUUGGCUAUGUUCCUAGGUGCUCUCGAGCUUGCUGACGUAUCUGCCGAGUUGCCAGGACUGAAGUGGAUGCCUGGAGUCUCCGAGUGGAAGGUCAUGACUAGAGAUGGGCAGUGGUUUGCAGGCUGGGAUGAGGUUCCCCAGGGCAGGCACACACAAGUUCGACCUACUAUGUUCCCACCAAAAGACCUGGAGAAACUGCAAGCAAUGCACCUAGAGCGGUGCCUUCGAAUACUACCACAUCAUCAGAAUACUGGAGGGUUCUUUGUGGCAGUAUUGGUCAAAAAAGCAUCAAUGCCAUGGAAUAAACGUCAGCCAAAGGUACAGAGUAAAUCUUCAGAUCCCAGGAAGACCACAGCAUCCAGUUCUGUGGCUGCCACAGAGCGGAAUCCUGGAGACCGCUCUGAGCUGGGCGGUGACUCAGAAGUAACACAGUGCACUGAGAACACAGAGAGUAAUGAAAAGAAAGAUGGCGUGUGUGGGCCUCCUCCAUCAAAGAAAAUGAAGCUGUUUGGAUUUAAAGAAGACCCAUUUGUCUUCAUUCCUGAAGAUGAUCCUUUGUUCCCACCUAUUGAGAAGUUUUAUGCCUUGGACCCUUCGUUCCCGAGGAUGAAUUUGUUAACUCGAACUACAGAAGGAAAGAAGCGGCAGCUUUACAUGGUCUCCAAGGAGCUGCGGAACGUGCUGCUGAACAACAGUGAGAAGAUGAAGGUCAUUAACACUGGAAUAAAAGUCUGGUGUCGAAAUAACAGCGGUGAAGAGUUUGACUGUGCAUUCCGUUUGGCACAGGAGGGGAUAUAUACAUUGUAUCCAUUUAUUAAUUCAAGAAUCAUCACUGUGUCAAUGGAAGAUGUGAAGACACUGCUGACCCAGGAGAACCCAUUCUUCAGAAAACUCAGCAGUGAGGCCUACAGUCAAGUCAAGGACUUGGCAAAGGGAAGUGUUGUGCUGAAGUACGAGCCGGAUUCUGCGAAUCCGGAUGCCCUUCAAUGCCCCAUUGUGCUGUGUGGGUGGCGGGGAAAGGCUUCUAUUCGAACUUUUGUGCCUAAGAAUGAGCGGCUUCAUUAUCUCAGGAUGAUGGGCCUGGAGGUGUUGGGAGAAAAGAAGAAAGAUGGGGUCAUUCUUAACAAUGAGAGUGUAGACAGCCCAGAGCAGCCCGAAAACGAUGAGGGUGCGGAGCAGACAGCACAAGAGGCCUGCAUCUCAGACAGCAUCACUGGCUGUGACCCAGCUGCAGCUGAACCAUCCCGGUGAAGACAUCUCCACACGCUGAACUGGCUGUUCUAGAUGAAAUCCAGAACAUCCUUAGCUGCGAAGUAUAUUGAUAGGGCCUGUACGUGGGUGGGUAGCAGCAGUCUGGGGGAGCUGUAUUUUCUAGCAUUUAGGAGUCGCUUCAGCAGAUUGGAUCCAUGUUUCUGCUACUAAAGGCUAGUGCAAAACAGCCUUUGCAGAAGUUCAGGUCUCUUGUUGGGCCAAUGUUGGCCUAGUCUUUUUAAAAUUAUUUAUAGUAAAACCUACAACUCUUUGGGAAACAGCUCUUUGCUUUAAUAAUGUUUGGACUGCACAUUGGUGUGCUGUGCGGUGAUGCUGACACCUGAAGCCUCAGGUGACUUCUGUGCCUUUGUAUUGAAGGGUGAAGUAAGCGAUCCCAGAGUGUAUGAAGACAGUGAAUCAUGGCAGCAGCUUUGGGGACAGUUCUGUGCUUACCCAGCAGGUGCUUUAAGUGGGGUUGCAAUUACUUGGGUCAUGAAAUAUGAGCUAUUAUGAUAAUAAAGAGCUAUUAUAAUAAAAAAAAACAACCAUGUGA